CAAGCUCUGGCAAUCAAACCAUAUCCAACCACAGAUGUACAUUUUCAAGAGAUGAGUUACUGCUUGACGAUCCUCUACCUAUUGCCCAAUACCUUCGCGUUUGCCAUUCUUUGCAUUCUCGAUCGCUAAUCCAUGUCGCUAAUGAUCUUUAAUAACCUCAGGCAGACCUAAUUCUUCGAUGAGAAUGUUGUGUUGGUUAAGUAUCUUGUCUCAGUAGUGUGCAGUCUGCGAAGGAAUCAAAACAUUGCAGAUACAGGCCUCCCAAGCUCACUCGCGUCCUUCUCAUCUUGUAUUCCAGCGACAAUCAUAUUAAUAAACUCUCGGGUAGACAACGAUUCAAAAGGCAAGAUAUACUUCAAAGAAAGCAUUAAACUCCCAGAGGGUACAGCACUGCCUGGGAGUGAUCUCCACUUACCGCUUCCCGCUUAGCUGCAAUUACUCAGAAGCAGACGGGAUCGUGUGACUUGGCGGGAAAAUGUUAUCAUAAUAACAAUGACAAGAUGGAAAGCGGCUCGUAAAUUAUCAGUACAUUGAAAUGACUCUACCAAGAACAUACAUGCAAUCAUCAGAGGAAGGAAUCCAAUAGAAAUAAUUACGCUUGUUAGGUGAUUUUUGUUUUUUUACACCUUUGAAUUACCUGUGAUAUACAGCGAUUUUGGAUGAGGAAUGUAUAAUACUGAUAGUUUGUUACUUGAGCUAUGAUGGAAAAGGGAUAGUGCGAUGCAAUAUAUUGUUGUUUUCAUUAAUUUGAAUUGGCUGUUGUAAAUAUUAUGGAAUAAAUAAUUUGGAGAAUUAGUCGCGUGCCAUCUUGGGCGUUCGUCUUUGACUAUACUACCCGUGGACAUGAUUACAUUUUCCUGUGGACAUUUGAAUUGCCCCGCUUUUUUUUGCUACCUGUUGAAGGUUCCAUUUCUUGUUUCAAACGCUUGUUGGAGGAAAUCCAUUUACUAUGGGUGACUACAACGUGAGGAACAGCUUCCCGUUGGAAGACUUUUACGAUGACAACGAAUUCGAAGCACCGCCUAAAUAUAGCCUAGUGGAAAAGAAGCAACCGGUGGUGGCUCAGGCGGUGAUCGUGGAGGAGCAGGUGGAGCCGAUGGAGGAGGAGCCCUUAGAAGAGGCACCCAGUGAAUUUGAAGAAGAGGAGGAACCACCCAAGGAGCCAUCCAUGCUCCGUAUUGUUCUCCAUCAUUGCUUGACCAACGGCGGACUCAUUAUCUUCCUUGUCGCCUAUACAUGUAUGGGCGCAGCUGUAUUCCAACGACUAGAGGCUCCUUUGGAAAAGUCCGAGUUCCUGAAGCUCGUCAUGGACAGGCAGACCAAUCGGAGUGAAUUCCUCAACAAUAUCAAGAGCCAACUUUCCUUGGCAUUUAGUGACGAAGCCACGUGGCGAGAAAUGACAAGUGAUUAUUUGGAGAGGUAUGAACACGCCCUCGGAGUCAUUGUUGUCGAAAAAGAGGAGAACCCACUUUCUAGUUGGAAUUUCUAUGGUUCUAUGUUUUUCGCGACUACAGUACUAACAACAAUAGGAUAUGGUAACAUAGCCCCGGUGACGGUUGGUGGCCGAGUGUUCUGCAUGGUGUACGCAGUCUUCGGGAUAGCCCUUCUCUUACUCGUGCUUGCCAGCAUCGGUACUCUCCUGGCCCGUGGGGCAACCCUUGGCUACAGACGCAUCCUCAGAUGGAUCAAGAAGAAACGCAGCAAGGACGAAACGGACGUUGUGACCUUCCAGCGUGAUCCACGAGCACAAGAGGUCAUCGACGAGGGAUGGAAGGGCGAUGACGGGGACUCGCAUAAGGUCGAUAUCCAAGGGAAAAACGGUGAGAGCGCCGGUGCGGUCGAGAAAAGAGAUUCAGCAACUGUUGAGGGCGAGGAAGAAAAGCCACCGGAAGCGGAAGCACAGAUUCCUCUAACUUUCAUUCUCGUGUUCGCUUUUCUCUACAUCUGUUUCCUGGCGUGUCUACUUCAAGCAUGGGAGGACCAGUGGAGCUACUUCGAAGCCUUCUAUUUCUCGUUUAUAACUCUGACCACCAUUGGGUUUGGUGACUUGGUACCGCAUCACCAAAAGAACCUGCUGGCAUGUACCUUCUUUAUUCUCCUCGGUAUGGCCAUAAUGUCAAUGUGUAUUGCUCUUGCCCAGGAGAUGAUUAUCCAGAAGGUAGCGUGGCUCAGUAAGAAAAUUGGUGUUGCGUUUGCAAGUCACAAGCAGAGAAAAGGCGACGAUUCGUCGUAACAUCAAGCCUAGAUGUUUGUACAUCACCAUCACAAUGCCUUUGGACAGUUUAACUCAUAAUGAGGAUUGAUAGCAGAUUAAAAUUUCAGUUUGUAAAUCAUCCAAUGGCUUUUUGUGUGUUUUGUGUAGGAUUAAGACGUCCGAAGUUCAUUACAUUGAAGUGCCUCGAUGACACUGUUGAAAACAGAACGAUGCGCCGUGCACUAUGAUUCCGUCGUAGAGACUGUGUGUAUAUAGGGGACCUACGAUUCAAAAGGGGAGUUGUAGGUCGAACAACAUCGGGCACCUACGUCUAACUCAACACGCGCAAAAUAGAAGAUGAUUGUACCAGGAAAAUAUUCCCAACACCCACAAGCUUUGUUCUGAUCACAGAACCAUCAUGAAAACUGUAAAAAUUGAGCAGCACCAUUCGUUUUUUUUUUUUAGAUCGGACCACACCAUAAGGAGUUUGGAAUGCACAAUUUCUUUUAUAUAACACCAAAUUGUGUUGAUGAUACAGCUAACAGAAAGUGUUAUAAUACAACUAAUCGGUGUUGAAGUAUAAUACCUUGAAUUUAGCAUUGGUGUAAAUUGAUUUGGAUGGUCCUCUCAGUACACAGACUGGUGUAGUGUAAGCAUUACUGGUUUUACAGUGUAUAAAUGAUGUUGAGAAAACCAGGAGGAUGGGUUGUUAUAUGGUUCGCGCAUGCGCAAGGAGCCGUGGCCAACUGGUCCAAGG